CUUGGAUUUUAAUAUUGAAUUGCUCUACUGAUUGAAUUUAAUUUUCUAUUAGAUCCGAAACCAAAUAGUCAGCUUCGUUUAAAAGAUGGUUCGUCUGGCCAACUCCAAGUGAAAGACAGUUUGGGUGAAUGGUUCCCUGUUUGUGGCACCAACUGGACAACAGGGGCUUCUCAGGUUGUUUGCAAACAAUUGGGAUUUAAAGCUCACUUUGGCUUCACUCUUAAAUCAUAUAAAAUAUAUAACUAUAUGGACUACAACAGACAAAUUAUAACUAACAUAAACUGCAAAGGAACCGAGAAAAGUCUGAGAAAAUGUCCCUUCACUAUAUGGACGGCGCUGUACGGGAGUGCAAGUGCUUGGCAUAAGGAACGCGCAUUAGAGUGUGGAGCAAACGGGAUACAGUUAUCAUGCGUUGACACAUCGAUGAGGCCUCGAUUAGUUGGAGGGCAUACCAAUACUACUGGUCAACUUGAAGUAUGGUAUAAGAAAACAUGGCACAAAGUUUGCAUUGGUAAAAAAGAGUCCAUCUACUCACGCCAAAGUAAGAGAAUAGCAGAGUUGACGUGCCUUAGACUGGGGUAUAAGUACAGUAGAGUUGGAACAUAUGGUUCAUUUAUCCAAAAACAAGAACAAGGUCGAAUAACCAAAGGCAUUUCACUGGUAUGUGAGGAAUAUGAUGCCCUACACAUGUGUGAUGCUAAAAGAGCGCAUUGUGAAGAUUACAAUAUGUACUUCAUUUCAUGCUUUGACCAAGAACCAGAAUUAACCGAUUUCGUCGACUUUGAAGGAGGUCUUCUUGACUAUAGGCACUAUGCCCUGUCAGAUGGAGUUCUCAUGAUUGAUGUUCCAAAUAAAACUUCAUAUGAGAAAUUCUAUAUUUGUGGUACUGGAUGGAGCAACAGCGAAGCGAAAGUUGCAUGCCGACAGCAAGGAUUUGAUCCAAAGGAUGCUGCAAUUGAUACAUUCUCCAAGUAUCCCUGUUAUGAAGACUACCAGUUUGAUGAUGCUACAAACCGUACACCGAGUAUCAAUAUUUAUAUGAGUGAUGUUAUUUGUAAUGGUGAUGAGUACAAUCUCG